AUGGCUAUUGCGCAGGAGACGGUCUCUCUAACAUCCAUGUUGGAAACAGAGACGGAAAAAACCACCCAUAUUUCUCUCGAAGUCGUCACUUCCGCAGUGAAUAUCACAGCACUGGAAAAUGACGUACAAAAAGCCAAUGGUACGGAUGCUAUUGACACAGGCGCGAAGGAGCCAGAUGACAAUGACAAUGAGCAAGCUGGCUCUGGAGAAGAUGAGUCCAAAGAGGUUGAACAACUACCGAAGGUGUCAGAAAGGAAGCAGCUGAUGGACCGUCUCGGGGUAGCAAUAGAGAAAGCUACUGCAGCUGGAAUGUCAGCUGGAAACCCAAGCGAACUCACAGCCACAAGCAUGACUGUGAACAAGGAUUGUGUCGAUGACCCUAAACGAUGGUACAUCAUUGCGACUUUCGGUUCCAAAGGCGACUACACCAUACCAUGGGCGGCUUGUUAUAAUUGGAAUGCAACGGAAGCCCUACUGAAAGAAUGGUUUCGUGGCGACGAAGACGCUGUUAGAGACAUAUCCAAUGGGGAUAUAUUAAUCGAAAAUUACAGACAGGGCCAGAUUCACCCGCAGACAUGGAAUCAGGUUAUAACACACAAAAUGGAAAUUGUUUUCACACCAAACACGAAUCAAGAUGAGAACAAGGAACCGGACAAGGAACUGGAACUGGACAAGCGAUCGGGUUCGUAUCAAUAUUCUGAUUCGAGCGUGGAUUCCGAUGAAGAAUUUGAUGCAAAAUGUGAGAGUCGAAUUCAGUACGUGGUGAACUACUACAAACGAACCAUGAAUGAGGUUCACACCAGAUACGUAGGGGCAAGCAAACGCGACAAGCCUGUCGAAUUUGAACUCACUUAUGAGGAGAAACGUCCUGCAUUGGAAGAGACAAAAGACGUCGAAACAGUUCAAGACAUCACCAAAGAGCAAAUCAAGGCAGAAGAUGGAACAAAAGCCAAACUCGGUCCCCUUGAUCGCGUCGUGAGCACCAAGCUGCAGAUUUACUCUCCCUUCAUACGAAGUAUCCUCAAAGCUGUCAUCGAAUACACAGCUACAUCAUCAGACGACACCUCAUUCGGACUCGUUUCUGGAUUGUCUCCUCCGUAUAAACUCUUAUACUAUUACAUGGCUGAUCUGGCCAACUACAAAUCUGAAGAUUCGGAGCUUCGUAGGAAACAUUCCGACAGGUUUAACGAGCGGUGCGACAAGCAUAUUGAUGUGAUCCUGGAGUACCUAUCUGCGCAAGAGAGCGUUCCGCUGAAUGAGUUCAAUGCACGAAUAGCCCAAAAAACCCCUGUGGUCACAUUCGCGAUGUACUGGCUGAUUCUCAAGCCUGGCGCAGACGUAUAUGUACGUGAAGAGGACGGAUCGCUAAAUGCCUACGUACUUCACUCUGUAACUGGAGGUGUCUCUGAGAAGUACGGCCAAAACCGAAGCAGUCACUACAAUCUAUCCGUCUGGAACUUGGCAUUCGAUGGGACAGAUAUCACGCCCGGACUUCGACAUGUUGAAGUGAGCAUUUUCGACAAUGCGCGCGAGAUUACCAGCCUGCCCGUUUUCCCUGUCAGAUUCAUCGACAAUCUCGACAACGGCGCUUUCAAAGCAAAACUCAUCAACAGAGGCAAAAAGUAUUUUGAGUUUUCUAAGCGACCGUCUUUUCUCCAGUAUACGGGACAGGGGUUGAAGAAAGGGGCAAAAAAGUAUAAACGCUCGCGUGUUGUCGUGACCCACGCUAUGGCCCCUUGGGACAACGAGUUGGCAGGGAAUUUCAUUGGCACUCAUCAUACACCCGAGGACGACGCAGACACAAUUAGUGAGUCUGUACGUGUGCCAAGAUGUGAAUGCUACGAGUGUACCGCGAACGAGUCACAAGAAGUAUACGCGAAGGGAAAAUUCAGCGACUACUACAGGAUAUCGCCGAGCAAUACUGGCGAGCUCUCGGCUCAUCAGUAUAUGAUUAUGGCAUCGCACAUGUAUGCUUUUUCGUUGAAGGAACGCUCUUAUGACCUGUUGGCUGUCGACGGGCUUGAAGCACCAGUGAUGAUCAAAACCGCCAUGGACAAACUCGUCAUGGACGAGAACAACAAAGAACUUAUCAAAGCGAUUGCUCGGAUCUAUACCGACGGCGAUCAAACCGAUCGGUUCAGCGCGGAUUUCAUACAAGGCAAAGGAGAAGGCCAGAUUUUUCUUCUACAUGGUCCUCCUGGGACAGGAAAGACUCUUACAGCCGAAUCGAUAGCAGAGUAUACGAAAAGGCCUUUGUUAAGCAUCACCGCAUCAGACCUUGGCCAUGAACCUGACGAACUGGAGCGUAGCCUGCUUCGAUACUUCAAAAUGGCCAGUGACUGGGAUGCGAUAGUGUUGUUGGAUGAGGCAGACGUAUAUCUCCGGAAGCGAACAGUCGAAGACCUAAGACACAACAGCAUUGUAUCUGUCUUCCUGCGAGCCCUUGACUAUUUCCAAGGCAUACUGUUCCUCACCACCAAUCGCGUGGGUCAGAUUGACGAAGCAUUCCUCUCGCGCAUUCACUUAUCACUCGGAUACGAGCCUCUCUCCAAUGCAGCGCGCGUCAAGAUAUGGGACAACCUUUUCGGGAAGCUGGACGAAGACCACAAACGAGGCGGGCGCAGAAUCAACUACCAUUACCACGCGAAGAGCUAUGUCCAAAGUCAGGACGUACAGGCAUUGAAGUGGAAUGGUCGCGAAAUCCGAAAUGCUUUCCAAACAGCCGUCGCGCUUGCGCUCUUCGAAGUAAAGAAAAACGAGAGCGAAGACCCACCGGAAGUCACGGAAAACCAUCUCAAGCAAGUCGUGUCCAUGUCGUCGGCCUUCAAAAAGUACAUGGCUGCGGUGAAUAGCGGAAUGGACGACGCGACGUUGGCUCAAAAGCACGGUAACAGAGACGACAGGUAUCCAAGCACGCCUGCCAAACAGGUGUCAUGA